AUAUCUUACCGGUAUAAUGAAUGGAGCGACGCGCGCGUUUAUUAAGACUUAAAUAAAUAAAUUUGACCCACUGCUCGUUUUAAUAGUUGGUCUUUGAGGAAAAAGUCGGCCACAAACGUUUGGCGAUUUGAUAUUUGUUUGUGUCUGAAAUACAUUGUGUCUUGAAGAUUUUCCGACAUUUCGGUUCCGUGAUCGUACUAAACAAGCCAUGAUGUGUUUCGUAUCACCGCUACCGAUAGUUGUUGCUGGGAUGGUGUUUAUUGUCAGGGAAACCACACCAUUUCCGGUAGAGCAGAUCGAUCGGAACCCUUAUUAUGAUCCGCUGGAAAAUCAAUACGUCGAAAUGCCUAGAAAUACCAUGCUGGUAGAGGGCGACGUGAAAAUUUCCCUCGUGGACAUGCUUCAAGAUAUGAGGCCUUUCCACUCUUCCGAGCCAACGAACUCACGGUAUCGCAACUCCGUGUCAGCACCAGACUUGCUCUGGAACUACGGCCUCGUGCCUUACGCACUGGACCCGGCUCUAAACGAAACGGAAGUGAAGACAAUCCUCGGCGCAAUGUCCUACAUCACUAACGUUACGGGCGAGUGCGUUAAGUUCAAUCCGAGGGCGCCGAACGACAAUGACUUUGUAUUCAUUACCUCCAGCACCUCUGGAUGCUACAGUGAAGUCGGUCGCCAAGGGCGAGGGAACCAGACAGUUUCAGUAUCACGUGCGUCCGACUGUGUCACGCUUGGGAUCGUCAUGCACGAGCUGCUGCACGUUCUGGGGUUCUGGCACGAGCAUACGCGACCCGACAGAGAUCAAUAUAUCAAACUCCUGCAUCAAAACAUCAGAUUUGAUCACAAAACAGACUUUUCCAUUAACACGAACUCAAAGAAUCAGGUGAAUGUCUACGAUUACUACUCGAUACUUCACUACAAGACAAAUCAGUUCUCAUACGCGGAUAAUCUAAAAACAAUCCAAAUACUAGAUCGCACUGUCGAUGAACGCAUAGUUGGGCAACGUUUCAAUCUGAGUUCUUUAGACAUUUUGAGAAUCAAGCGUUUGUACGUCUGCGAAGAAUUAACCCUUACGCAAAUGCAACCCAAACCAGAAAUACCACAAAGAGACAUCGAGUAUAACGAAAUAUCCCCAAAUACAACACCGUCCGCAUUAAGAAGACAGUUGGUUGAGGAAACGCAAUCAGCUUUGACUAGACGCGUCCUUUCUACGACAUUGCUCGCGCGAACGGGAACCAAAACAACAAUCAAACAAGCCGCUUUUUCGGGAACAGAGUUGCCAAAUGAACUACUUCCCUCCACUAGAACACUGCCAUCACAAUUAAAUAUUGACGACGAAGAAGAUGUUCACUAUUAAUUUGAAAUCAUAGUUGACGUUUUCGUUCGCAUUUUUGUUUCUAUAUGAUUGCAAUGCAAAUACGUAUGUUUUGUUUAUAUUUAAUGCUUAUAUGUUGAUACUCGCGUAUACAAAAAGUUACCAUGUGUUAGUUAAAAAGCAUGGCCAUUAAAACAUAAUUAGUGGGUGGGAAGUGGGUACAAUCUCAGACGAUAAUGGGUAUUGGGUAGUGAACAAACUUUGCAGAAAAGGAGCGUGGAAUUUAUUUGAAAAUACGUAAUACCAUGGUUUUGACUGAAAACAUUUAUCUAUGAGUAAUUUGAACUAAGAAUACAUGUAUACACAUUUCUUAAAAUACCAAUUGGACUUCGGUUUACCCGACCAAAGGUACGGACACAAAGGGGAGGUUUGAGCUGAAGGAGCAAGUUCAACUACCGUCUAGAUCUUUCCCUUCAGGCGAACAUGUUUUUGUUUUUAAAUAUAAUGCACUUUUUCCAUUUUAUAUUAAAUUUGCUUAUGCC